UGUAGUUUCACCGAUUUUUACACUUUUAAACGUUAUUUGGGGAUAUGUUUUGUCUUGGUUGAGUUUCUCUUGUGCUUCUGUACAACUAGAAUGACUGAAGUGCGGCCUGAAAAACUAAAUUCGGAGAAUAAAGUGCCCCGCUUUGCCUUUCGGUCAGCCUUCAAAUUUUCACCGCCUUCACCCUAAAUGCUUUGCUGCUUUUCCGUUUAACUUGGCGUGAAUAUGGCGGCAAAGGAGACUGUAAACAGUUACCAAGUGCGCAUUGAAUCUGUCGUGAACGGCUGGCUAGUGGAUUAUUACUUCUUUUUGGCGGUAGAGUUCUUUAAAAAUGAACAAUACGAGGAUUUCUGUGCCAUUAUAGAUAUACUCGACUGUAUUAUGGCGCGCCCUUUGGAGUCCACGGAUGACAUCGCAAUGAAAUUUCGAGUGUUGCAGUUUAUCUCCCGGAUAAAUGAGGGUGAAAACCUUGGUGUUUCAUUUGAAAUGGAUGUGCCAUCAACUCCUCUGGAAUCGGCCUUAAUGCUACUGGAAAAAAUAAGCCAGGAAUUCAGUAUCCCACAGCAGGAGUAUGAAAAGGUGUCCUCUUCUCUUAAAGACAUGAUUGUGGGGAUUUUCAUCAAAAACAGUAAGUUUGAGAAAGCAGAAGAGGUGCUGAUGAAACACUUUCCUCCCAAAAAUAUUGGAAAGAGAGCAAUAUUCAUGGGUCUCAUCAGGAAAAAGAAUAAGAUUCAUGAAGUCAUUGAGCAAAUCAACUUUCAGCAGUUCAAGGAGGAGAUGCUGGCGUUUUGCCUGAGGAUCUGCCACUUCAGCCUUCCUCUUCUUUAUAAGGCUGCAAAACAUCUCAUUGAUAAAACCCUUGUGGAUCAAGACAGCACGGCAACUCAAAGUGAUGAACAAGCUGAACCUCAACCAUGCUCUAGUUCACAAAUAGCCACUGUCCAGUUUGUACCAUGUACACAUUCACUUAUUCUGAAGACCAGGCUAGAAGCGGCCUACAAAUCCCUGGCUAUGGGUUUAAAUAAAAGAACAUUUGCUCAGUUGGAGGAAGAAGUAGACAGAGAGGAGCUGGAAAGAGAAAAUUUUUGCAAACAGCUUUCCAUUACUUCAGAGAGGUGCACCAGUGUGGACUUAGAGGAACGGUUAUUUCAGAGAGACUCAGGAGGCCCUAUGGAAGCUUCACCAGCAGACCAACCAACACAAGCAAAUGCUGUUCAUCAAAGUCGGGCAGAUUUACACUUAAAGAAUGCCAUUGUGCUGUGUAAAAGAGAGAAUUACACUGUGUCUCGGCUGGUGGUGGAACCAGACAGUCAGGCAAGUUCACGCUGCACAACCGCUUUAGAGGAACUGGAACCUGAGGUCAGAACGAAAAAGGCACCACAGACACUGUCUGCAUCUAAUGAAAAAGACCGUCAGUGUCGGGGAACAGACAAAAAAGGUGCCACGCCCACCCGAAAGAGCCGCAUUCAAGCCAACAGAACUCGCACCAGGAAUCAGGAUAAUAUGGAUGGCAGCCGUACCACAUCCUCUUCAGUGGAGAGCUCACCAAGUCAGUCACCUUCUCAUCCUGUCCGACAAACAACCUCCACUCCUCACAAGGACUCUGGUCAAAACAAAAGUCCUCGUCUUGCAAAAUGGAAGCGACUGUGCCAUGAUGCAAAGGAGAGCAAGGGCAAUGAAGAGUCGUAUGUUACCCCUAACAAAAGUGGCUCAGACAUGAGCACCAUUUCAAAUUCAGGCCAAAGGAAAAGGAGAUGGACAGAGAGUGAGACACAGAAGUUAAAAGACGGGGUCAAAAAAUUUGGAGAGGGCAACUGGUGUAAGAUAAAGGAAUACUACGGCUUCAAAGAUCGAACAAAUGUCAACCUGAAGGACAGGUGGAGAACAAUGAAGAAGUCAAAUAUCGUCUGACUCACCAAAGCCUGUCAUUUUAUCCCAUCUCCAUUUAUUUAUUUUUGUUUCUUAAGCAAGUUAUUGACAAAGUUAUUGAUAAUUUUAAAAAAUAGUUUAUAGAUUUAGUAAAUGUUCAGUGUUCAUUAUUCAUUUUGAGGAAGGGAUAAAAGAAAUUUCAGUAAUACUGAAUACUGUAGCAUCUCUGCAGCCCUAAAUAACAAACACACUCGUUGAAUUAAUAUACAGAUGGGAAUUUAUUUUUAGUUUGACCCAAACUGUUUACUGCUGUUGAAAAAGCCAGUGAUGAGAUCA